UCAUACAAAAACUAUUUUUUAGGGAAUCGACUGUAGACCACAAGAGCAUCUGAGGCGAAGCCGAAGAUGACUCUUGUAGUACAUAUGACAAUACCAAAAAUUUUGGUAUUGUCAUAGUUUCGAAAAAUACCUAAGUACAGUACGCAAAACGUUUACGCUUUCAACUGAAACGAUACUGCCAAAUAUGAAUUCGCUUAGCAAUACUGUAUUUGAGAAAGCUCCCACAAUGUUGGUAUGUACGUAUGUAAGCAUGUAAAUUUUGGGAUAUAACGUCUUUGUGGGUCUCAUUAAACUGUUUUGCUUUAUGACGUAUUCUGGUGCGAAAGUCGGGAAUUAUUACAAAACUUUUGAAAUAUUUAAUGAUGUGAUUGUAAUAGUGUUAUCUUGGUGUAAAUCGACUACGCACACGGAUUCCAGCUCAUUAAACUUAUACUCGAAUAUUUACUGGCAUGGAUAAAAAUGGUGCAACAGCCAUGGUGGACCCGGAACCCAAAUCUCGCAGACGCCAAAGUAGUGCGGCGCAAGGCAAAAGAGAGCGCGCGCACAAAACUUCCGAUUCACAUCCUGCGGCGGCUUGGGAUGGCACUAAAGCCGAAGAUGUUGACCAGAAAAUCAGAGAGACUACAGAUACAGAAAUCAAAAAGCAGCCCGAUACAAAAGAAGAAGCGUCUUCCCCUGAGUCUACCAUAAUAAUUGGCCCUUUUCAAGUUGACCCUACUCGUUUACUGGGUGAAGGUUCAUAUGCCUCUGUAUGCGUUGCAAAACACCUGGAGGAUGGGAAAACGUAUGCAUGCAAAAUCAUCAAUGAGAAAAAAAAUAUGGGCAAUUUCGUCGAUCGUUUUUUGCCGCGUGAGUUGAAGUUAAUCCGCAAAUUCAACAGUGAGCGGGUGACAUGUGUGCACGGAAUAUUUAAAACGCACAAUUUAUUCUACAUAGUCAUGGACCACUGCGAAAAUGGUGACCUUUUGCGGUACCUCCAGCGUCGAGGACGCGCACUGGAAGAAGAGGAAACGCGCGAAAAGAGUCUGCAAAUUCUUAUGGGAAUUCGAUAUCUCCAUGAGGAACAACAAAUUGCUCACCGUGAUCUUAAGUGCGAAAACAUUCUCAUUGAUUCGAGCUCGAAGCUGAAACUAGGUGACUUUGGUUUUGCCCGAAGUGUACUGCCCCUCGCAGAUUCUAGCGAAAUGGAUCAGAAUGAAAUACGGGAAAUACGUGAAUUUAUGCGCAGCGAAGUUGGCACCCUAAGCUGCCUUAAAGCGCCUACCCGCUCGCGACGGGCAUCUGAGAAAGCUGCUCUUUCAAACGAAAUUGCGAGACUUAACGAUAAAGCUCCCGCUGUGUCCAGCUCCGGAACAACUAGCACCACGUCAACACAACGAUCGCCAAAAGGAACCGCGGUGUCCGGGCAGCACCCGGUUGCGUCUAGUACGUUCUGCGGGUCUGUCGCUUACGCUGCGCCGGAGGUUUUGUCGCGCAAGAGUUACGAUCCUAAAAAGUACGACAUGUGGUCAACCGGGGUGAUCAUCUUUAUCAUGGCUUGCUUUUUCAUGCCGUUUGAUGAUUCUGAUCAAGCGAAGAUGGUACGCAGGCAAAUGGCAAAGAAAUGGCGGUACCCGCAAGAUGCACAAAUAUCCGAACCGCUAAAAGAAUUCCUUGAAGGAAUGAUGGAACCGAACCCGAAAGAUCGUCACUCCAUCAGCGAUGCGUUACGCCACAAAUGGUUAAGACGGCAAUAUCGUGAAGUGUUACUGGAGGAACAAAAGAACGAGCAGUCCAGGGCAUGAUUUCAGUGUACUUGAGUCGACACGGUACGGAAUUAAUGCAGUUCUACAGUAGUGUCUGGCACUAAGUGCUAUUUGCGCUCUGCUUGUGAUAUUUCUGUAACAUUAUGCAUGCAGUCGAAUAAAAGAAUUAAAUUUUCG